AUGUCUGACGAAAUUGUUUGGCAAGUUAUUAACCAAAGCUUCUGCUCUCAUAGAAUUAAGGCACCUAAUGGCCAAAACUUCUGCAGAAAUGAAUAUAACGUGACUGGGUUGUGUACCAGACAAUCAUGUCCGCUAGCCAAUUCCAAGUAUGCCACGGUGAAGAACGACAACGGGAAGCUGUAUUUGUACAUGAAAACACCUGAAAGAGCACAUACUCCUGCCAAAUUGUGGGAAAGGAUUAAACUCUCCAAGAAUUAUACCAAGGCUUUACAACAGAUCGACGAUCAUCUACUGCAUUGGAGCAAGUUUUUCCGCCACAAGUGCAAACAAAGAUUCACCAAGUUGACGCAGGUCAUGAUAACAGAGAGACGUUUAGCAUUAAGGGAAGAGGAAAGGCAUUACGUUGGUGUAGCACCAAAGGUCAAGAGAAGAGAACAAAACAGAGAAAGAAAGGCGCUGGUAGCUGCCAAGAUCGAGAAAGCCAUCGAGAAGGAGUUGAUGGACAGACUAAAGAGUGGUGCUUACGGUGACAAACCAUUGAACGUUGACGAAAAGGUUUGGAAGAAGAUAAUGGGUCAAAUGGAAGAUGAGAAUUCCCAAGACGAGGAAGAAGACUGGGACGAGGAAGAAGAAGAAAGUGACGAUGGCGAAGUUGAGUACGUUGCAGAUGAUGGCGAAGGUGAAUAUGUUGAUGUGGAUGACCUAGAAAAAUGGUUGGCUGACUCUGAUAAAGAAGCGUCUAGCGCCAGUGAGAGCGAAAGUGACAGUGACAGCGACAGUGAUAGUGAUGAGGAAGAUAAGAAUAACGCCAAGAGACGUAAGAAGAACACUAGCUCUAAGGCCAAACGUCCAAAGGUCGAGAUCGAAUAUGAAGAGGAGCACGAACUCCAACAUGCUGAACAAGAAGUGGCCCAAUAA